AUGGAGGACAAGAAUACCACAAAUAAGACGCCAGCAUGGCAAAACUGUGUUCAUUGCCCAAACCUUCUGUUCAACUCUGCCACGGAAUUCGAAAGGCAUAUACACGAAAAACACAGUAUUAAAGAGGGCUCCAUCGUACUCUGUCAAUAUGGGCAGAACGGCAUUUGUUCAGCAUUGCAAUUUGGUGAUUUACGAAAGGCAGGAUUUAAGUACCACAUCAGACAACACCACCUAUAUAAAAAUAGUAUAAAUGAUGACUGGACAUUCUACUCCUCAUCACAAAACUUGCCUGCAGUAUUGAAUGACCCAAACAGAGGAAAGCAGAACAAUUUUUUUACUAAAACAUGGGGUGACAGCUUUACUGAUAAGGUAGAUAUAUAUCCUAGUCCAUAUUUGCCAGUAAUAACUCUGGCUCACUUUGAAGCAUACUGUAAAAAAAUAUCAAAAAGAUUUAGAAGGCAUCGACAACUUAAAGAGACUCUACCAGUUAAAAGUAAAACACCCGUUGUGGAAACAGUUUGUGAAAUUCCUAGCAUCUUUUAUGAGCAAUCUCUAGCUCUUAAUGACCCUCAAAACUUCAGUAAAGUUUUUCCUGGGUUAUCAAACACACAGGACAUAAACAGCACCAUAAGAUCACUACAAGAAACAUUGAGCACAUACCUUGAUAUAAUCGAAAUGAAGAUAUCAAAACAGGUAGCGCAGAAAUCUGAUGCCUUUUUCCAUGCUAUGCUUUCUCAUGACACUAUCAUGGAACAGAUGGCGAGAGCUGUUAAAACGGUUCAAAAUACAAGGAAGGAUAUAAAAGAUGUUAAAGAGAAUUUAACUGACAGCCCUUUAAAAUUAAUAAGCCUCACUAGAAUCAACAAAAACCUCAACAAUGUUCAUGAACUCUUGAAGUUAAUGGGAACGGUGCAACAAACCCAACCUAUGAUUCAACUUCUUUUAAGUACUUCAGACUAUGUUGCUGCUCUUGACUUAAUAAGCUCUACACAACGAGUUCUAUCAACAAGAUUAUCUGGAAUACAAGCCUUCAGACAUUUAUCACCACAGCUGACGGAAAUGAAAAGAUUGAUACACAAGAUGUUAAGCAAUGAAUUUCAAAGAUUUAUUAUUGCUGACAUAAACAGACCUCUAAAAGAUACCACCGAUUUACCAGAAAGAGAUAAGAUUGUGUCGAUUGUAUCAGGUAUACUCCGUUUGAAAGAAUUUGAUUUUCUAGACAUAUUCAAAAUGGAAGCAAUGACUUCAAUUCAAACUACUAUAAAACAAUGUGUCAUAGAAAUAAUUUCAGAUAGAGAUGGUAGUACAGAAAUUGUAUUAAGGGGAUCUAAUACGGACACAUGGUUGCUUUGUAACGAAGGUAUUAUCUUUCUUCAGAAAGUCACUCCGAAUAUAGUUAAUUUAUUUAGAAGAAUCUUAUCUUUAUGUAAUUUAAUAUUGGAUGUCAGUCAAAUGAGUGACAUCACAGGAAAUGAUAGUGAAGAUAUAUGGACACAGGAUGAGCUUUUAUUAAUUGAGGAUAAAAUUAAAAAACUUAUUAUCUCACUCUCUGACUACAGCAACGAAAAAUGUGCCAAUCUCAUUGUAACUAAGACCGAUAGAGACUAUGUAUUCACAGAUCUAACACAACUAUCAAAAUUAUCAAAGCUGAUAGAAAACUUUUCAAAGGACUGUGAAAAUAUAACAGGGCACUACAGUAAUUCGAUGAAAUUGGCGUUACGAAGUUUUGCUAUGAAAUAUAUUCAAAAUUUGCAUUCCGAUAGACGGGUACAACUGACCACAGCUCUUAAUAGUGAGAGAUGGAAGAUUGCUGAUGUACCAUAUGAAUUACAGAGCGUAAUAAGCAAAAUAUGUGAAAUUGGGGAAAUACCUUCAACACUUAAUUAUGAAAGUGGCAAGGCUGAUGGUAAAUAUUUAAUUAUAGAUAAGGAGAGCUAUGCUGUCGUUGCGACAGUGCAGCUUUUGAUAAAAAUUCUACUUGAGUACUGUGACGCAAUAAAACAGUCUCCGGAUAUUGUUCAAUAUUUAGUACAUUGUAUGUUAGAAUUGAUGAGAUUGUUUAAUUCUCGAUGCUGCCAGUUGGUUUUGGGUGCGGGAGCUAUACAGAGUGCUGGAUUAAAAACAAUUUCUACAUCAAAUUUAGCGUUAGUGUCUAGAUCACUUCAAGUAAUACUUUGGCUUCUACCGUUAAUAAAAAAAUUAUUAGAAAAGAAUAGCUCCAAAGAUUUGUCCCUCGGUGGCUUUACCAGCAUCGAGAGUGAUAUAACUGGUCAUAAGAAGGAAAUCGAGAGCAAAAUCUGUUUUAUAGUGAGCAACAUGUUGAAUUCUCAAUUAGGUGGCUGGGAAGCUAAGCCACCAGUUCCAUCACAGACAUUCCGUAACAUUUCUAAACACUUGGUCAAACUGCAUGAAGCUCUCAUAGAUAUUUUACCAUUAGAACAAAUACGCAAUAUUUACAUGAAAGUACACGACAAUUUUAAAGACAAAUUACGAGAACAAUUAAGCAAAAUGAACAUAGUUGCGAACGGUAGCCCCCAGCACGGUGUUGUGACUUCUGAAUUAACAUUUUAUUUACAAACCCUCAAAACAUUAAGAGUUAUCAAUGAAAAUGAUCCUGAGGAUAAUAUUUUAUAUGAUAUUUGGUUACAUUAA